AUGGUAUGGCGCAAUGAACGAGAGAAUUUCGAUCGCCAGAAAAUUUUCAAACAGAGUGGUGGAGAUGAUGACAAUAAGAAUGUUAAUCGAUCAAGAUAUAAAAAAAACACUUUGAGUAAAUUUACAAUUUUCGGAACACCGAUUUUUGAUGGAGAAGAAGAAAACCAAAAAGAAUUAAAAGCUCACGGACAAGAACGUUAUAUUUCCGAGCAUCAACAAUAUGCAAAAGAUGAAAAAGGAAGAAGAAGAUUUCACGGAGCUUUCACUGGUGGGUUUUCAGCCGGAUAUUUUAAUACAGUUGGUUCGAAAGAGGGUUGGGUUCCUAAAAACGACUUUAAGUCAAAUGCAAAACAAAAAAUAACGGACUUUAUGGAUGAAGAGGAUAUGAAAGAACUAUUUGGUUUGAGUGGAUCUAACCAUGUUCAAGUUACUGAUAAAUUUCGUACAAUAUCCUCAAGCGCAGAGUCUAAUAACAAUUACGAUCCUCUCUCUGGAUUAUUUGGAGGAAUGGAUUCUAAGGAUAGAAAACAUGCAGAUUUGAUUUUUGGCGGAUCAACUCCAAUGGAAGCUUCAUUAAGCAACCAAAUAUGCUCUUCAAGCGAAGCUACAGGCCACAUUGGUCACUCAUUGUUAAGAAAAAUGGGUUGGAUCCCAGGCCGAGGAAUUGGAAUUAAAAAUUACAAAACAAUUCAAGAAAAACCCUCCAUAGAACUUCAUCAAGAUGCGACAUCCUAUGACGUAACACUGAAAGAGAACCAACAUGGUUUAGGAUACAAGGCAAAUACACUUGGAGACAUUUUACAAAACGAUAAUACAUCCAACAAUCCUUUUUCGUUAACAAGAAAAAAAGAUAUUGAUGACGAUAUUUACACAACAGAUGACUUGAGCAAUUAUGACAUUGAACUUAGGCCUCAAAAGGACCAUGACCUUUCUGAUCAGCACGAUAUCUGGAACGAAAAGUUAAUAUUCAUCAAAUCCAGUAACCCUUGUGCAGUGAAGCGCAAAUAUAUGCCACCAAAAAUUCCUGAUAACUUCACCACAAUACAUAUUUUUGAUCAAUCCCAGAUUAAGACACAUUACAAAAAGCUCGAUUACCGAUUGCAACUACAUUUACAAGCUUCAGAAGAGAGAAGAAAAAAGCUAGGAGAUACACCUGUAAUUAUUGAUAUCGUCACAAAACCAGAAAUUGAAUAUUCAGAAGAUUAUUCCAUGAUUCAUAACAAACCUGUGCUUUUCGAAACGGAAAAAUCAAAAGAAAUUAAGGAGAAGUUGUCAAAAGUCAUGUCUCAAAGAUUUGUCUCAAGCUCUGAAAAUCUUCAUACACCCAGCAAGAAUACCACGCAACAAACUGUUGUUCCAAAAGGUACCCGAGUGAUUACUGACUGGAUUCCAGAUCACUUGCUCUCAAAAAGAUUUGGGCUACCACCCAUUUCUAGCUCAACCUCCCAAACCAUGCAAUCCGUGUCCAAGUCCUCCAUUCUCGACUCAAAUUUGUUCACUUCAGAAGAGUCGUCCACGCCUCAUACAGGAAACUCUCCCUCAGUGGUGCCUACAAUUAGAUCCAUUGAGAGAAUGGAAGACUCUGAAAGACCCUCAUUAGAAUUGUUUAAGUAUAUUUUUGAUGAUCGACCUAACCAAUUCGUUGAGAUCGAAGAUGACACAGCUCCGUCUAACAAGGUGGAUCUAGAAAGCAAGCAUGAAAGCACAUCCAGAUUCGAGCCAGUAACGCUCGAAGUUUUACCGUCCUCUUUUAAAUCUGUUGGACAAGUGGUGCAAGAGCUGAAAGAAAAAAGGGAUGAAAAGACAUCACAAAAACCCAAGUUUGAGAAAACACAUAAGAAGAGCAAAUCGAAAGAAGAAGUGAUCAAGUCUGAAAUACAACCAACAGGAAAAGAAGGAAAAAGAUCCUUAGAUUUUAAUGUGUAUCCUAUUAAGAAAGAUAGCACCAGUUCAUACAUUUCUCAAUUAGAAUCUCGAAUAUCAGACAUUAAACGAAUGUUGGAUUCAUCUUCGUCAGAUGACGAUAAGAAAAAGAGGAAAAAACACAAAACAGAAAAGAAAGAGAAGAAAAAGAGAAAGAAAGAAAGUAGUUAUGUGUUCGAAGAGAAAUAA